CCACAAAGCCACAGGCAGGUGCGGGCGCAGCCGCAGCGUUAGCGGGCAAAGCUGAGCCGUUAGCGAGCGCGCGGUUCGUCCCUCCGUCCAUCCGUCGGGGCGUCCUUAAGUCGGAGUGCCGCAGUUUCUGCCCAGGCCAAGAGGCCGCGGCCCCUCAUCGUCCCCGCAUCCGGAGCCGCCCGGCAGAGCCGGCUUUGGAGCGGCAGCCAUGUCCAUGGGCCUGGAGAUCACUGGCACCUCUCUGGCCGUCCUGGGCUGGCUGGGCACCAUCGUGUGCUGUGCGCUGCCCAUGUGGCGGGUGACGGCCUUCAUCGGCAGCAGCAUCAUCACAGCACAGAUCACCUGGGAGGGCCUGUGGAUGAACUGCGUGGUGCAGAGCACUGGCCAGAUGCAGUGCAAGGUGUACGACUCGCUGCUGGCGCUUCCGCAGGACCUGCAGGCGGCCCGCGCCCUCAUCGUAGUCGCCAUCCUGCUGGGUGCCUUUGGGCUUCUCGUGGCGCUUGUGGGCGCCCAGUGCACCAACUGCGUGCAGGACGACACUGCCAAGGCAAAGAUCACCAUCGUGGCCGGCGUGCUUUUCCUGCUGGCUGCCCUGCUUACCCUUGUGCCGGUGUCCUGGUCGGCCAACACCAUCGUCCAGGAUUUCUACAACCCCCUGGUGCCGGAGUCGCGGAAGCGCGAGAUAGGCUCUGGCCUGUAUGUGGGCUGGGCCGCUGCGUCGCUGCAGCUGCUGGGGGGCGCACUGCUCUGCUGCUCGUGCCCGCCGCAAGACAAGAAAUAUGUGCCCACCAAGAUCCUCUACUCCGCGCCACGCUCCGCCGUGCCAGGCACGGGCACUGGCACAGCCUACGACCGCAAGGACUACGUCUGAGGGGCAGCAGCGCUCCACCACCCUCACGCGCUGGAGUGCCCACCAGUCGAGCAGGCCGCCUUGCAUCGGAAACCAGCGCAGCCCAGAUGUCAGGCAGCCCUCUCGCUGGACUGGGAGGGGCCAGUCCGUUGUCCCCUUCCCCGCUACCACUCCUCCGCGGGCAGACAGCGGGACAGUGGAGCCUGGGGAGCAGCCCGCAUGGACAAUGAAACCUUCCCCUCUGGAGUGCGGGGUAGGGUGGCCACGGCUACUUGCCUUCUCUCUCUCCUGCCCCUUCGGGCCGAGGUCCCAAAGCCCUUGUUGGGCAGGCAC